UUAUUUAUUUAUUGAAUAUGGACAAAGAAUUGAAGGAGGUUAACGAACAAAUUUCUAAAUUAACGAAUGAAGUCGCCAAAGAUUUCGAGAUGAAAUAUCGUGAUUGUAUACCCGAUUUUCUGGUGCUAGCUGAUUGUCAGGACAAAAUCAAGAAAUCGAUUGCUUAUGGAGAUGAACAGCUUAAAUUAAUUGAAGAUCAAAUAUCUAUUGUUGAGAAGACUUUGGAUACUUCAAAGAAUGAUUGUCCUGAUGCCAAGAAGAACAUUAUCGAAGAUUUUCUUAAAAGAUUGGCCACUCUUAGCGAAAUUGAGAAGUGUCUGACUGCUCUUUCUUUGCUUCCUGAUAGUUUGGAAGUGGAUGUUUUGGCAAAUGUUCGGAUGAUUUUACGACUGGAUGAACUCACAAAGGCACUGGAAUCGGAGACAACAAAUAUGGAAGCUGUAAAUGAACGUAUUUUGCCUUUACUUUCCAUGGAAAUUCAAACAAGGAAGACGGAAAUAAUUCAUCAAUUGGACGAGUUUUUCAAAUCUUUUCUCAAAUUUGAAGACAAAAAUCGCGUUUUGCCAGCAACUAUGCUUAUGAGUAUUUAUUGUCCGAAAACGAAUGCUGCGAGUGAUAAUUUUUCUGCAAUGCUAUUAUUGAACACAUUUUCUGCACAUUUGGAUUCUUUUGUUGAUUCUGUUUGGGAACAAUUUUGUAUGAAAUUAAUUUAUUCUGAUGAGAAAAUAGACCAAAUCCUUAAAAUUACAAAAGACAAAUUUUCUGAACAUUCAAUGAAUUUUGAAGUGAAAAAAGAUGUUUUAACUACAAAGAAGCCUGAUCCUAAAAAUGUUUUUAGUUCACUUACAACAUUUUUUGAAAGUCUUUACCAAGCUUUGGGGAAAAUUCGUAUUGAAGGACGUCCAUUUACCGAAUUUUUUGGUGAUUGUAUUUGUGUUCGUUUAAUCUCUGCACUUGAAAAAGGCUGUCUAAAUCCAGCAAUUCCAUUCGAUAAGGAUAAGGCAACUAUUGUUUAUGGUGAACUUAAUACUCUUAUUACAGAGUUUCUUCAGUUUAUGAAGGACAAGGCUUUCUUUACUCCAUCAGCAGAUGUUUUGUUUGAAAAUUUCUUCAAUAGUUUUGAUAGAAUUACAAUUGAUCGGCGUUGUCAUCAUUAUAUAACUACAGCAAGGGAAUUAAUUAAAAAGCCUUAUGUUGAUUUGAUUGAGGUUGGCUCUUCCACUGAUGAUUCUGAAGAAGGAGCAGCUGAGAUUGUGGCAAAAAUGAAUGAGCGCCUUAAAAUCACAUCUGAACAACCUCAUCAAUCUAAAGAUGUGCAUUGGGAUAAGGACCAUACAAAAAUUUAUCAAUUUCAUAAAUGCAAAAUUAGUGUUUCCACCUUUGAUUUGGUCAAUCUCGUAAUAGAAAUUUUAAAAUCUGCCUCAGAUUCUACCACAGAUCCGGAAGCUUGUCGUUUGGUCAAUACGGCUCGAAAUGUUUUGGAUAUGUUUGUUAAUACUGCUGCAGAUUAUCAUAUGAAAGCUUUAACUUCUGUUCCUCAAAUUGCUGGUAUUUUUUUACAAAAAUUUUUUUCAAUUUUUCCCUUUAUAUUUUUUCGCUGA